CGCACAGAGCAAUUGGUAACCUCGCAAUGGAGAAUACCUGAUUACAAAUCUUACCAGCAGGAUUGGUGGGGUGUCGAAUUUGUAGUAUAAAUACUGCGAGAGUAUCGUCAAAAGGCAGUAAUUGUCCUACCAGCAAUCAGCCAUGAACACACGUGCAGUCCUCGUCUUCUUCGCCUUCGUAGCCGGCGUCUUUGCUGCUCCAGCCGCCGAGCCAGCUGCCGCUCCAGUUCCCGAAUCAGCCGCCGUUCCAGCCCCCGUUGUGUCGGCGGCGCAAAGAUCAUCCCCUGCAGUUGACCCUAAGGAGCCGAUUGCCAUCAUCAGUCAGGAGUCCGAAGUCAACCCGGACGGAACUUUCGUCAACAAAUACGAAACAGCAAACGGGAUUUCCGUCUCGGAGGAAAGCAGCUUGAAGACUUUGGAGGAGGGUGAAGUUGUCCAGGUGGUCAAGGGUUCCAUCUCGUAUCCAUCCCCCGACGGAACCAUCAUCGAGACGAUCUACACCGCCGAUGAGAACGGCUUCCAUCCUUCCGGCGAUCACCUUCCCGUCGCCCCAGAGACCCCAGCCUACAUCUUGAAGUCCCUGGAAUGGUCCGCUGCCCACCCGGAAGAAGACGUGGAGGAGGUUGAGAAGAAGGUGUAGAGCGUUCGUGUUCCGCGUUCUCACUCUGGCCAACAGUUUACUCUCCAAACAUCCCUGACAGUCCUAACGUUCUGGCUUCUGCGAAGCCGCUUCUGUAUAUUAAUCACCUUUUUCACUUGAAUAAAGUUUCGCACGCUAUUGAUUAACGGCA